AAGGUUGAAGUGUGCCCUUCAGCAUUUCAAUCUGCACCAAUAUCCAUUGAGCAACGUAAAGCAAUAGUCUGUUUCCUGGCUGAAAGCUGCGACGAGGUCAACUACACUGAUAUUAUUGAAGCUCUCUGUCGUGUGCACGAAAUUCCGCUGAUUAAAGUGCCCGAUGGCAAACAACUUGGCGAAAUGGCCGGACUUUGUAAGUUGGAUCGCAAAGGAUGUCCUCGGAAGGUUGUAUCUGCCUCCUGCAUAGUAGUGAAGGAUAUCGGGGAGGAAAGCCGGGGGUGGAAAUUCCUUGUCGAGAAACACAAGAUUCCUGUGGCUGCUCGUUAA